ACAAAAUCACCAUCUUCUUCUCUCUCAUCCACACUUCCCUCUUCAUCUCUCAACUCCCAUUUCAUCUUUCUCCAUCUCUCACUACUCACCUUCCCCCAAAAUCCCAAACCCUAACCGCCACUCCUCCACCACCGCACAAUGCCGUUCUUCUCGGAGGCCGCCAGCGCGAUCAAGAGCAGGUUCGGGUUUCACGACCACCCCUCCGAAUCAUCAUCCCUUUCGCUGAUUCAAAACACUCCCGAUCUUCUCAAAUCCGCCGCCAAAGACAGUCACCAUCUCCUUCAAAGCUCCGCGGUUCGCAACAUCAGCGAUUGGGACGAUGAAGGAGGAGUUGGACAGAGCAGUGCCGCCAUUUCCACCAGCCAAAGCUUCGAAUUGUUCGAGGAUCCUUCCUUCUGGAAAGAUCACAAUGUGCAGGUUAUAAUUAGAAUGCGGCCUCUUAGUAAUACUGAGAUAUCGGUGCAAGGGCACAGCAAAUGUGUUAGGCAAGAGAGUUGUCAGACAAUUACUUGGACUGGGCAUCCUGAAUCGCGGUUUACUUUUGAUCUUGUUGCAGACGAGAGCGUUAGCCAGGAGAAGCUGUUUAAUGUAGCGGGUUUACCAAUGGUAGAAAAUUGCAUGGGAGGCUACAACGCCUGCAUGUUUGCUUAUGGUCAAACUGGAAGUGGGAAGACUCACACCAUGCUCGGUGACAUUGAGGGGGGAACUAGAAGACACAGUGUCAACUGUGGGAUGACACCAAGAAUCUUUGAGCACUUAUUUUCUAGAAUUCAAAAGGAAAAAGAGGCGCGUAGAGAUGAGAAGUUAAAAUUUACUUGCAAAUGUUCUUUCUUGGAGAUAUACAAUGAACAGAUUCUUGACCUUUUGGACCCAUCAUCCAACAAUCUGCAGAUAAGAGAAGACAGUAAGAAAGGAGUUUAUGUGGAAAAUCUCAAAGAAGUAGAAGUUACUAACGCUCGAGAUGUCAUUCAACUACUUAUUCAGGGUGCUGCAAACAGAAAGGUAGCUGCUACCAAUAUGAAUCGUGCUAGCAGCCGUUCUCAUAGUGUAUUUACCUGCGUCACUGAGAGUCAGUGGGAAUCUCAAGGAGUAACUCACUUUCGAUUUGCUCGACUCAAUCUUGUUGAUUUGGCUGGAUCCGAGAGGCAGAAGAGUUCUGGGGCUGAAGGGGAACGCCUCAAGGAAGCUACUAAUAUCAACAAGUCUCUCUCAACCUUGGGGCUUGUCAUUAUGAACCUAGUAAGUAUAUCUAACGGGAAGUCGCACCACGUUCCUUACCGUGAUUCAAAGCUCACAUUUUUACUUCAGGAUUCUCUUGGAGGGAAUUCAAAAACCAGCAUAAUUGCAAACAUUAGCCCAUCCAUUUGUUGUUCGCUCGAGACAUUAAGCACAUUGAAGUUCGCACAACGUGCCAAGUUUAUUAAGAACAAUGCCAUUGUAAAUGAGGAUGCAUCUGGAGAUGUCAUUGCCAUGAGAAUUCAAAUUCAACAACUUAAGAAAGAAUUAUCCCGUUUACGAGGUCAAGUUGGUGGAGGAGAAAUUCAGGAUAAUGACAUUUCAGUAAUUAACUUUCCCGGUUCUCCAGGAUCCUUCAAGUGGGAGGGUGGCGCUCAAGGAUCUUUCAGUCCAUUGACCUCUGUUAAAAGGGUUUCUGAGAAAAAAGACUAUGAAGUUGCCCUUGUUGGGGCCUUUAGGAGGGAAAAGGACAAAGACAUAGCAUUGCAGGCAUUGAGAGAAGAAAAUCAAGCGGCCAUGAAGCUGGCCAAACAACGGGAAGACGAGAUACAAGGUCUAAAGAUGAGGCUCCGUUUUCGAGAAGCUGGAAUAAAAAGGUUGGAAGGAGUUGCUUCUGGGAAGAUCUCAGCUGAGACACACUUGCUGAAUGAAAAAGAAGAGCAUUUAAAGGAAAUUGAGGUCCUGCGAGCCCAGGUGGAUCGAAAUCAAGAAGUAACCAGAUUUGCUAUGGAAAAUUUGCAGCUGAAAGAAGAACUUAGAAGGUUGAAGUCAUUUUAUGAGGGAGGUGAACGGGAAGCGAUGAAUGAACAAAUCAUGGUACUCCAAAACAAGUUGUUAGAAGCACUAGAUUGGAAAUUGAUGAAUGGACCAGAUCUGAAAACAAGUUCUGACUUGGUGAUGGAAGAUGUGCAAAGUGAUGGUGAUCUUCUGUCAAAACCUGAGCCAAGUCCAAAAUCACGUUGGCAGUCUUCUCUUAGGGAAGAAAAUGAGUUUCUCCGCAUUCAGGCUAUACAAAACCAGGCAGAGAUGGACACCAUUCGAAAGAAGCUAGAGGUUUGCCUUGCAGAGAAAGAAAAGUUGGAAAGGGAUGUUGAAGAUUUGAAAGCAAAAUUUCAACAAGAGAAAUCCCAAAAAAGUGAAACAACUAAAGGAGGGGAGCAAAUUGACCUUCCAUCAACAACUGAUAUGCCUGUCAUUAACAUCAAUGACCAACUGGAAUUGAAAACAAUGGUUGAUGCUAUUGCUGCUGCUAGUCAAAGAGAAGCAGAGGCUCACGAGAUAGCAAUUAUGCUGUCAAAAGAGAAUGAUGAACUCAGAAUGAAGCUUAAAGCUUUGAUUGAGGAUAAUAGUAAAUUAAUUGAAUUAUAUGAACAAGCUACUUCGGAAAGUAACAAUAGAAAUGUUACUAAAGGGGAGAAUGCUCAAGAAACAGGUCCCAAGGUUGACAAUGGUUGCUAUCUUCUUGAGACAAGAGAAGAGGAGAAUAAGUUGAAAAAUCUCCAGCACCAGCUUAUGGAAUUGAAUGAAGAAAACGAAAAGCUGAUGAGUUUGUAUGAAACAGCCAUGCAGGAGAGGGAUGAGUUUAAAAGAGCGCUUUCAUGUACAGGACAUGAAAGAGUUGAAACCAAAGGAGAAAUGAACUGCAUGGAGAAGCUAGUUGAAGUUGAUGAAGGGGAAAGAAACUCCAGAGUAGAAACUGUUUCCCAGGAAGCACAGGAUAGAGGUGAACCUACUCUAUCUGGGUCUGAUUUAUGCCUUGAGACUGAUGGACAUGAAGAAAAGCUUUUAAAGGAGGGGAGUGAUUCUGACAUGGACAUUGAGGUAUUGAAUCUAACCGAGGAAAAAUUAUCGAAGGAAUUAGAUCGUGCUAGAAAGACACUUGAAAGUGUUGAUGAGCAAAUCUCAGAUGCUGUGAGAACUCUAGAUUCACUUGGUUGCGCUGAAAAAGCAAUAGUCCAGGUUGAUAAGCUCUCUAGAGAAAUUGAAAUGACAGAACAGGAUAUUCAGGUGAAGCGUCAGCAGUUUGAAUCCUUGAAACUUAUGCUUUCUGAAGCACUACAAAGAAGAACUCUAGUUGAUAAAAAGUUCUCUGCCCUCAAAUAUUCAUUAUCAAACUUGGCUCAAUCGUUUUCUUAUUUUGAGCAACGGGAAACAAGGGCAAGAGCUGAAGUGAACGACUUGACAUCCCAUCUUGACCGAAAGAAGACGGAGUUGGCUUCUCUUCAAGCUUCUAAACAGGGGUUGGAGAAUGCUCAAAAGAAGAAUCAAGAGUCUGAAGUUGAAUUACAGAAAAAUAUUGAAUGCAUCAAAUCCAAACUGGAGGAAGAGAAUCGAAAACGCGAGGGUGAGAAGGUUCUAUUUGCAAUUGAUAACACGCAGAAUAUAGAUUCCUCAUUGAAAAACUUGCAUCUCUGUGGUAAAGCCACCGAAUUACUCAAGUUAGAGGAAGAGAAAUCGAAGCUGCAAGCAGAGAUGAAGCUUUCACAAGAAAGACUCGGGGUUACAAGAAAGGAACUGGGAAAUCUAAGCAAGAAGGUGGCAAAUGUAGAGAGUCAGAUACAAGCUGCUGAACAGGAUGUACAGCAACGUUUGAGGAACAUGAAGGAGAAGGAGCUUGCACUUCAACGGGUGACAAAAGAGAAAGAGAUGCUCUUGGAGUUUAGAGAUGAUGGUAUGUUUGAAAUAGAGCAUAUGAUCAUUGAACUCCACCAAUAUGUUUUUGAACAUGAUCUAAAGGAGGCUGAAAUGAAGAUUCUUGGGGAAGAAUUACAAAUAGAUUUUGUAAGAGCAGAAGAGUUACAGACAGCCAAGGGUAUUGCUGCCAACAUCAGAAACAAUUUAUUUUCUUCCAUGUCUUGUUCAAGCAUGUUUGAGAAAAUAGAGGAGCAGAUGCAAAAUCUAAGAGCAUCUAUUGUGGAGACCAAAUCAUUGUUGGAAGGCAUUUCCCAUGCCACCUAGACUAUUGCUUUGUGUAACUAAUCCUCCAAUUUAAUAAUUAUAGCUUGUUGUUUUGUUUAA